AUAUAAAUGCCGUACCAUAUGAGAAAGAAAAAAGCCAGAACCCAAAGUUUAUCUUCUAUUCUCUAUUGACUUAGACAAGAACCAUGAUGUCUCACCGGCAAUGCCUAACGAUAGUGACUGCCCUAAUUUUGCUUCAUGCUCUGAGUUUAGUGAGCUCCACUGUUAUGUCCCGGGCUGACCGGAUCACCAGUUUACCCGGUCAACCCAAGGUAGGGUUUCAGCAGUACUCUGGUUAUGUCUCUAUAGACGAGAAGAAACAGAGAGCUCUGUUUUACUACUUGGCUGAAGCAGAAGCCAAACCCAUCUCUAAGCCUCUCGUCCUUUGGCUCAAUGGAGGACCUGGAUGUUCAUCAUUGGGUGUUGGUGCAUUCUCUGAGAAUGGACCUUUUAGACCAAAAGGAUCAGUCUUGGUGAGGAAUCAGCAUAGCUGGAAUCAUGAGGCGAAUAUGUUGUAUCUGGAAACACCUGUUGGAGUUGGAUUCUCUUAUGCAACUGAGAGCUCUUCGUAUGAGGGUGUCAACGAUAAGAUCACUGCAAAAGACAAUCUUGUGUUCUUGCAAAAAUGGUUCAAAAGAUUCCCUCAGUAUCUUAACAGAAGUCUCUUCAUCACUGGUGAAAGCUAUGCUGGUCAUUAUGUUCCUCAGUUGGCUCAGCUUAUGAUUCAAUACAACAAGAAGCACCAUUUGUUUAACCUCAAAGGCAUUGCUCUUGGCAAUCCGGUUUUGGAGUUCUCUACCGAUUUCAACUCACGAGCAGAGUAUUUCUGGUCUCAUGGGUUGAUAUCGGAUCCAACUUACAGAAUGUUCACAUCUUAUUGUAAUUACUCACGGUUUGUGAGUGAGUACUAUAGAGGAGACGUCUCAAGUAUGUGUUCUAAAGUUAUGAGUCAAGUUAGCACUGAAACAAGCAGAUUUGUAGACAAAUAUGAUGUUACUCUUGACGUGUGCAUUCCUUCUGUGUUAUCUCAAUCCAAAGUAGUUAGCCCUCAACAAGUGGGGGAGACGGUGGAUGUAUGUGUAGAAGACGAGACGGUUAACUAUCUAAACCGGAGAGAUGUGCAGAAAGCUCUCCAUGCUCGGCUUGUCGGAACUCGAAAAUGGGCCGUGUGCAGCAAUGUGCUGGAUUACGAACUACUUGAUGUGGAAGUACCAACGAUAAAUAUUGUUGGAAGUCUUAUCAAAGCUGGAGUUCCAGUUCUUGUGUACAGCGGAGAUCAAGACUCCGUGAUUCCAUUAACGGGAAGUAGAACAUUGGUGAAGCAACUGGCUCAACAAUUGGGACUGAGUACAACCGUGCCUUAUCGUGUUUGGUUCGCAGGACAACAGGUUGGUGGUUGGACUCAGGUUUAUGGGAACGUAUUGGCAUUUGCAACGGUGAGAGGAGCGGCCCACGAGGUACCGUUCUCGCAGCCCGAGAGAUCACUUGUGUUGUUCAAGGCCUUCUUGGGUGGUAAUCCUCUCCCUGAAGAAUUCUGAUGUUAUUUCCAUUUUCUGAGCUUGUAAGUAAAAAAUUAUUACAUCCUUUGGUGAAAAAUAUUCCAAAAAGGUUAUACAUUUGAUUAUGGCAGAUGUUAAAAGGAAAAUACUUGAAAAUUU